UCGAACCCUAAACAUUUGAAUAUUUAAAACAGCUAUAAAAUUUAUCAAAAAGGGACACCAAAGAAAACGAUCAACAAAUCUCUUGCGAAAAUAUAAAAGCCACCAAGCUGGCAAUCCCAAUAUUUUUUUGUCUAUUCAAAAAUUUCAAAAGUUAUAUUGCUAAACAAAGCCAGCUAAAAUGUGGGGCACAAAUAAAAUAAAAUCUAAGCCCUGCGUCUUUUUAGUGUCGAUCUUUGUGUGCUUCAUCAACUGUCACAUCGUCAUGGUACAAGCUGUACAGCUAGGCGAUCCUGAUGCCUUAAUCACUUUAUAUCGUGUGGCCCCGACCGAUGAAUUAGGCAUUUACCGGUAUGCCUACAAGACGAGUAAUGGUAUUGCAGUACAGGCCGCUGGAAGCGCUUUGGAAACGAUUGGUAUAUUUAGUUACGUUUCUCCCGAGGGCAUUCCAAUCGAAGUGCGCUACAUUGCUGAUGAAUUAGGUUUCCAUGCCGUCGGACGUCAUCUGCCUAGACCCCCACCAAUACCAGACUACAUACUUCGCUCUCUGGAGUAUAUACGCACACAUCCAAAUGACGAAGAUCGUGGCCGUUAUCGAAUUCACAAAUAAUUUAAAAAAAUUUAUAUUAAUUAAAUUAUUUACGAGUCUACGAACUUACAU